GGCAGGGAUGGCGGAGCCUCUCUCCGUGCUGCUGGCCCUCCUGCUGGUGGUGGUGGUGCUGUGGUGGUGGUGCCGGUGGGCGCUGGGCCCGGAGCGCCUGCUGCGAGGCCCGGAGGCGGUGGGCUACUUGCCGGAGGAGGGAUGGACCCGCGCCCAGUCCGCCCUCCGCGCACGGAAAGCCCGCCGCCCGGGACACCCCCGCCCGCCGCCCUUCCCCAACGGGUGGUUCUUCCUCCUCCAGGCCGACAGCCUCGCCCCCGGACAGGCCCGCGCCCUCGCCGCCCUCGGGGAGAACUUUGCCGUUUUCCGGGACAUGGAGGGGUGUGUGCACGUGGUGGAUGCCUAUUGCCCUCACCUGGGGGCCAACCUGGCCGUAGGGGGCCGCGUGGUGGGCAACUGCAUUGAAUGUCCCUUCCACGGCUGGCAGUUCCAUGGAGAAGACGGGCGUUGCACCCGCAUUCCCUACGCCGAGAAAGUGCCCACGUUUGCAAAGGUCAAAGUAUGGCCCUCGUGUGAAGUCAGUGGCAUGAUCCUGGUCUGGUACCACUGUGAUGGCCUGGGCCCAACCUGGCAAGUCCCAGAGCACCAGGAGAUGCUGUCACAUGAGUGGGUCUUCCGUGGCAUCACCGAACACUACGUCAGUGCACACAUUGAGGAAAUCCCAGAGAACGCGGCCGACGUGGCCCACCUGGCCUUUCUCCAUGGGCCCUCCAUCCUGAGCGGCGUAGACCUCCGGUACAGCAACACACAGUUCUGGGCCUUCUUCAAGCAUUACUGGCAGGCGCAAUGGCAGCCGGAGCCAGAGCCAGAGGCACACUGUUCCAAGUUGUUCAUGAAGCAUUACGUCACCGUGUUUGGCAAGCGCUUACGCCUUCUUGACCUGACCCUGCACGUCAAGCAGGUGGGGCCUGCCCUAGUCUUCAUCAUCUUUGAGCACCCGUUCCUGGGCCGUGGGGUCAUCAUCCAGAGCGUGACCCCUGUGGAGCCCCUCCUGCAGCAGGUGGUCCACCGGAUGUACUACCAGCGCAACAUCCCGGCCUUCGUGCCCAAGUUCAUCCUCUGGGGAGAGCGCGUCCAGUUUGAGCGGGAUAUGAUGAUCUGGAACAACAAGCAGUACCUCUCCAAGCCGCUGCUGGUGAAGGAGGACGGGCCAAUACAGAGGCAUCGACGCUGGUACGCCCAGUUUUACAGUGAAGGCAGCGUGAAGCCAAAUGGUCCAGCGACUGGCCUGGACUGGUGAUGCUCUUGGGGCCUCUCUUUUGGUCUUUCCCUUGAUCUGGGGACCACGGCAGGGACCCCAUCUGUGGGGUGGAGCAACACUUCCACCCCUGUGCCUUCGACCCACCGAUUGUGCCACUUGGGAGGCCACUGGGUCUUCCAAAAGACCCCUCCACCUCACAAUACUUGGGGUGCCUCUGCUUUUGCUCUCUGCUUGUGGUCUCUCCUUCUCAGGCCUGUUGGGAGCCUGUCCGGACCCUUGAAGGGAGUGCCAGAAAUGUGCCCAGACUUGAACCAAGAGGGGCGUUUGUGUGUGUGGUUCUGGGGACAGAGGAGGCUGCGGAUGUUGCAAGGUGGCCUCUUGGAAAGGGCCAGCUUUGUCCUUCAAACCAAGAGAAGGCACCCAGCCUUUCUGCCAUAUUUGUAGAAAUGCUGAAACUGGAUUCGAAGCCUUCAAGACUCUGAGAAGCCCCCAAGUGCCCUCUGAGGGCGGCCACUGUGGCCCUUGGACAGUGAAGUUGGGUAUUUUCAGUGCUGUGCAGCAGGCUUCACAAAUAAAUCUCAGGAGUGGUUUGGAUAGUUUGCCUUGGCGACCCCAAUGGGAUGCACGGAACCUAGGUUGUCAGGAGUAUUGCUCUGACGUGACCUCCCGGUCAAGCCCUUCGGUUUCCUGUCCUGGAACACAGAAAGGUAAUCCCACCCCAGAUUUUGGCGACACAAGCGCCCAGCCCCCUCCCGAGAGAGAACACUGGAGCAAGAGUUCCUUGUUUAUUAUUAACACACAGCAAGCGUGACAGUAGAUAACUUUCCUCUUUUUUAAAUACAGUACAUGGAUGCGCAGGAGGGCCGGUGCCCGCCGCCCGGGACCGACCCCUCCCUCCUCGAUCACGACGACAAGCCCGUGGCGGCCAUUUUUAUAAAAAUAGUGUGUCGCUACAAAAGUAUAAAUUAAUGCUACCGGUAUUAAGAAAUAUUAAACACAGUAAAACUUAUAAGGAUUAAGAAAAAUAUUCAUUAAUACCUGUAGAAAAACUCUGGCCUAAAAAAUAUUCUUGUAUAUAUUUUUUAAAACUUUUUUUUCUGUAAUUUUUUUUCUUUUAAGAUGACUUUUAGAUUUCUGCAACUCUCUCCAGGAGAGAGAGAGAGAAAGAGAGGGUCCUCUGACAAAGGCGCCCUCGGUAUUGCCGGGAACGCUGCUGCUGUUGCUGCUACAGGGAAUGGGGUCGCGCGGCUCAGGUGGGCCGGGGGUAAAGGGGUGGAGGGGCUCUCCUUUCAUGCCCCCCGCACCUUGACCCACAGAAGCAGGCAGGGCAUGGACGCGGGGAAGGACGGGGAUGAGAAG